GGACUCUGCAGCCCAGUGGCCUCAACUGUCACAGAUUCAUCCAACACAGCGGAGCGAUGAACAAAAAUCCAAAUUGAACCGGUUACUAUGGCAGCGAAGGCCAGAAUCCACCAAUAAAAGGCGACUUUUCAGUGAGGGGCAGCUGAAAAGGAGCUGUGUCCUACAUAAGUGUCCAGUAAUCCAGAUGUAUUCUGAGUGAGGUUUAACACUAUAUGGGCUCCGUUGAGACAAUGCUGUACGGAAAUCGUCCGAGUGGUGCAAGAUGUCUUCUUCCCUUUGCAACUUUGGUUUUAUGGAGUGCCAUCGCCAGAGGAGCCCAGAAAAUAGAUCUAAACAAUGAAAAUGCCAUUGCAACAAUCAACCAUUCUUCAAUUCUUAUUGAUCACCUUCACGGUCUCCUGCACAAUUCCAACUCGAGUGAUAUCACGCUGAAGGUCUACACAGGGAAUUCGGAUGAAGUCAAAGUGUUUCGCACUCACCACCUUCUCCUUGUCCUUCAGAGUGAUGUCUUUGAGGACCUCUUGCUGAAUCGAAGUGUUACCACACUCAUUCUACAUGAAACAUCUGAAUGUGCUGUCCUUUUUGAGAAAUUACUCAGGUACUUGUACAGUGGUGAAAUCACAGUCCUUUUGAAUCAAGUUGUCCCACUGCAUAAACUAGCCACCAAGUACCACAUUACAGCCUUGCAGCAUGGUAUCCUUGAAUACAUGAGCCAACACCUUGCCAGUGCCUUGCCCCGAGGCCAUGUGGUCAGUUGGUAUCACUACUCACUCAGAAUAGGUAACGAAGGUCUACAGGAGAGAUGCAAGCAGUUUCUGGCUUGGAACAUGUCCAGCGUCAUUCACAGCCAGGAGUGGCAAACCAUGAGUGACGACCUGAUGGUCGCCCUGCUUCAACGCUCCGACCUGGUUGUGGAAAGUGAACUGGAGAUUUAUUAUGGAGUUGAGGAGUGGAUAAAGAAGAACCACCCCGACAUCUCGGUAACAGAGACCGUCCUCAAGUCAAUUCGUUAUGCCAUGAUCAGCCCCCAGCACUUGUUCUACAUUCAGAAGCAAUCACCCGUCAUGAAUGAGUUUUACAGUUUAGUCCGCAACUUACUUUUUCUCACUUUCCAGUUUCAUUCCACCACACCUCUUGUGUUUGCCAAAUAUUUUGAUGUCAACUGUAGCCUCUUUAUACCAAGGAAUUAUCUGUCUAGUUCCUGGGGUUCCCAGUGGGUGAUCAAUAACCCUGCCCGAGAUGAUCGUAGCACCAGCUUCCAAACCCAGCUAGCACCCAGUAACUCUGACAGUGGCAAGAAAGUGACCUGGAAUGCCCUCUUCUCGCCGAGGUGGCUGCCCGUCAGCUUCAGGCCCUCAUACUCGUUGCCGGCGAAUGGAGCAGUACAGGCUUACAGCCCCGAAGACGGGCGGCCGCGGAUCAUAAUCAACCCAGCUACUAACAGCGUCAACUUCGCAGGAGUCAGCUUCCAGAAGACUAUCUUGGUGAGGGUGAAGCAAGAAGGGAGGUCCUACGUGAAGCAUGUGUAUAACUUCCACCAAAGCACUGAAGAAACCGGUGACUUCCUCAUCCGGGCCGAUCUCCAAAAGCGUUCCUCAGAAUACUUGAUUGACAAUUCCCUUCACCUCCACAUCAUCAUUAAACCCAUUUACCAGUCACUGAUUAAAGCAAUAAAGUGAUUUCAUUCAGAGGAUGACGUUCAUCCAAAAAAGUCUCAGUAAAUAAAGUCUAGUACAUGCAGAAAAUAGGAAACCCUAAUUGCUUAAUAUACUGUGCCUAUAAAAAGUAUUCAACCCUUGCCCCCCACCAGAAGUUUUCACCUUUUGCAGCAAUUACAGCCCAAGUCUGUGGAUAGGUCUCUAUCAGUUUUGCACAUCUGACAACUGCAAUUUUUCUCCAUUUUUCUUUACAAAGCUGCUCAAGCUCUGUUGGGUUGCAUGGGAAUCAUGAGUAAACAGCCUUUUUCAAGUCCAGCCACAAAUUCCCAAUUGGACUGAGGUCUGGACUCUGACUUAGCCGCUCCAGGACAUUAAUUUUGUUGUUUUUAAGCCAUUCUUGGGGUCAUUGUCUUGCUGGAAAACAAAUCUUCUCCCAAUUUACUGCUCCUUGCAGACUUCACCAGGUUUCCCUCCAGGAUUUCCCUGUAAUUUGCUGCAUUUUACCCUCUAACUUCACAAUCCUUCCAGAGCCUGCUGCAGUUAAGCAACCCGAAAGGGUGAUGCAGCCACCACCAUGCUUUAUGGUAGGGAUGGUAUUUUUUUUGAUCUUGUACGGUGUUUGGCUUAUGCCAAAUGUGGCAUUGAGUCUGAUGGCCAAAAAGCUCAAUUUUGGUUUCUACAGACCAUAGAACUUUCUUCUAGUUGACGUCGGAGUUUCCCACAUGCCUCCUGGAAAACUCUAGCCAAGAUUUCAUGUGAGUUUUUUCAACAGUGGCUUUCACUUUGCCACUCUCCCAUAAAGCUGCAACUGGUGAAGCACCCAAGCAACAGUUGUUGUAUGCGCCGUCUCUCCCAUCUCAGCCACUGAAGCUUGUAACUCCUCCAGAGUUGACAUAGGUCUCAUGGUGGCCUCCCUCACUAGUCCCUUCUUGCAUGGUCACUCAGUUUUUGAGGAUGACCUGCUCUAGGCAGAUUUACACUUUUGCCAUU